UUUGAUGUGUUAGUGCGUGGUUCUUGUUCAUCUCUCUCUUUCUCUCUCUCUCCAAGAAAAUCUUUCUUCUGCCAAGAAAAAAAAAUUACCAUUUUUGAAAUAAUCAAAUCCUCUCUAAAAGUUGUUGUUGUUGUUGUUGUUGUAACUCUAUUUCAGGUAUCAUAGGCUCACAAAAAUUUUGGUAUUAUAAGAAGAUCUGGUGUUAUGCAGAAGAGCAGGGACAAGGUUAAAAGUGAAGUGAAUAGUAGUAACAGUGGAAGAAACAAAUGUUCUUAUCAUCCACUGAUCAACAAAACCCUUCAAACAAUCCAUCUUCUUCUUCUGAUUUCUUACAUCUGACCAACUCUAGUGAUGAGUUAGGUCAAUCACAUCUUUCAAGUUUCUGCAUCAGAGAUUAUGCAUUUAGUAACCGAACCAAGAACAUCAAGAAAAAUUGGCCUUUCUCCUCAACAAGUUUGCAACUUUGUUUGAAACAUGGCUUAAGUGAUCCGUUGCCACCGAUUCAGCCUCUUGGCCAUCCUCUUCAAGUGAAGAUAACUCAUGUCGAAACGGUAAGUAGCAAGAGAAAGUUGGAGAAUCUUUGCUCUAGUCAGACAUUAGUGGAGACUAAACAAGGCUUUGAGAAUGGUUUGUUGGCUAGUGGUUCGAAAUCCAAAAUACAAGUAGCUAUGGCUAACAAGAAUCCUAGAAAAAAGUGUGGGUUGGUAGUGAAACCUGGAGCAUGUGUGGAUAGUGGAUCAAAAGAAGAUCAUAGUUGCCUCUUUUCACCUUCUGAAUCUAUGGCUUUGAGAACUUGUCCCAUCUGCAAAACCUUCUCGUCUGCUUCUAACACCACUUUAAAUGCGCACAUCGAUCAGUGUCUGUCAGUUGACUCGGAACAGCAGCAGCCAAUUAGUAAGCCAAACAGGCCUAAGACUAAGCCACGGUUGAAAGUUAAAUCGAUGGUUGAUAUCUAUGCUUCUGCCAAAGCUGGCACAUUAGAAGAUCUUGAUAAAAGGAAUGGAACAAACUGGGUUAUGAUUUCGAGCUGCUCCAACCGGGUUGUCUCUGAUAAUAAGCCUGACGUGUUCAGCAAAGGAAAGAAGCGUAGUGUGGUGCGUGUUCGCAUUGACGAAGAAGCUGCUGGCAUUGGACCUGUUUACAUUGAUGCUAAAGGCCAAAAACUACGGAUUUUAUCUGAGUUUAGAGAGAAAACUUCUGAUCCAUCAAGUAAGCAUGAAGAUGGUAGUGAUAAGAAAUCUUGUAGCGACAGUAAAGGGAGCAAAAGCUUAAGGAAAAAACUCCCGGGAAAGAAAUAUCACAAGUAUCCUAAACUAGUUCGUCAAAGCAGAAAAGGCAAAGGCAAUGCUUUAGAGAUACCGGAUUAUCAAAGAGGAUAUUUUGAAGAAGGUAAAGACUUUGAGAGGUCAGAAACUUCAGGUCUUGGUCACCGUAGAAGGAUGAUACCAAAACGUCGUCUUUCAAGACAUGGUAAUAAGAAUGGGACAAAAACUUGUGAUCAGCCAUAUGAGAAUGAGCAUUCAUUGUCAGAAGAUCAUCUUGUGCUGAGAGGUCCAAGUAAUGUGAAUACUGAUUUGUCCGAGACAGCUUCUUCCCCUUCAAACAGUCAAGGCUCAUGGAGAAUUUGUGGGGAGAGACAAGUCUCUGGAAAGAGUUUGGCUUUGUCUAGGAACAAAAGCAUUGAAAGCGAUUCAUUUGUAGCAAAUCCCUUGAGAUGUUCAAUACCUGUGGAUAAGGAGUUUUCAUCCAAGGCAAAAGGUAUCAUGAAGUUCAAGAAAGCUCGAUUGGGUUUCUCAGAGAAUGAAGAUGAAGAAGAUGCAGGGAAAUGGGAGUCUGAAAUGACUCAAGAAUGUGAUCUGACAGAUUAUGAUGAUUGGGAUGAUGAUGAAGGAGAAGCUGAUAAGUUUGUACUAAGCUCAAAUCCUUCAUUUAGUGGGGAAAAAAAUGAUCAUGAAAGCUAUGAAGAUAGUGGUGAUAACAAAGAAGAAGAUGAUGAUAUGUUGCACAAUUCUAAUGAUGCAGAUGUUGAGUUUGAAAGCAUGAUUUAUGAGAAACCGGGUUGUGAAACUGCGGAACAAGAAAGCUCGUUUAUGGAGGUUGAUCCCAUUCCUAUUCCAGGACCUCCAGGCUCAUUUUUACCAAGUCCUUGGGAUAUGGCAACUGAUGCAGUUGAACAUCAUGGAAACUCUUCAGUUAUCACAAGCCAAGUCCAAUCUUCACAAGAUCAGCUUGAUCUCACUGACAGAAACUCAUCAGAAUCACCUGUUUCAGCAAUUUCAAACUUUGCAGCUCCUGAAACACAGAUUCUUCAUAACAUCGUUACCAUUGACAAGAGACCUUCCAGAUUCAGAGACGAUGAUAAAUCAUGUUGUUGCCAAAGAAAGGAGAAAGCUUUUGAAGAGACACUAUAUGGCCAACCACCACCACCACCACACAUGAUCCAACAAGAUUUGGAUCUCCUGAGUAAGCCUGUGCCGGUGAUUCCUCCAAAUCCCAAUCCGGUGUUGCGGCUAAUGGGAAAGGAUUUGAUGGUUAUGAACCAAAGAGAAGAAGAGCCGUCACACAAAGAAUCAAGUCCAAAACCAACCUCUCAGUUUCUAGAUCUCUCUAAGACACAACAAGUGUCUCCUUCUGUCCUUCAUCGUUCUUAUGGUGGAAACGGAUUAUAUUUCGACCCCAGCACAAGCUUCUACAACAUUCCAUGAAAAAAUCUCUGAUCAAGAACUCUACUUUUCUCCAAGAUACCAUUAUUCCACGGCAUUUCAGAUCAAAGUCCAGGCAAUUUCCUUAAAGCUUGAGAUAUAGAGAAGCUAGUCUCCUCCUCAUCAUUCAACUUCAAGAUCUCAUGUAUCUCUCUGUUAUAUAAAGAGGUUGAGAAUCUCAAAGAGGCUGCUUUAGAAGAAAUGGUGAGAUAUAGAUUCUCAUUCUCAUUAGGAUAUGAGAACUCCACCAAGGUAAUGGACCCUGCUUUUGUAAUGGUUUCAAAGGGGUUUAAAGAUUUAAAAAUAUGAAAGUUAUUAUAAUGUUAUGAAAACGAAUUUUAAAUAAUUUUGAUAUGAGUUAACAUCA